AUGGGGAUAUACGAAUUCACAGUGAACCCACGGCGUCGUAUAAGACAGCAUAAUGGAGAAAUAGCUCAAGGUGCUUGGAGAACGAAGCGGAAGCGUCCAUGGGAGAUGGUCUUGUGCAUCUAUGGUUUCCCAACUAACGUUUCUGCUCUCCAGUUUGAAUUGUCCUGGCAGAACCCAACUGUAUCAAAGGCAGGCAGGCUGCUGCAAGCUUUAAAUCCCUGGGAGGGCUUCUUGAACAUCACUGUAAACUUCUUUUCAACCCAGUACACCAAACGCUCCGCUGAUUGUCCACGCCUUCCGGAACAGAUGAAAGUCAGAGUCUGCUCCGUGGAUGAGCUUCCUUCCUGUACCAAACUAUCUGAUGACCUUUUUGAAAAUGAAGAUGAGUGGUAUUAUCAGCAGAGUGAUAGUGGCAAUAGAAUGAAUGAAGUAUAUGGACACAGUAAAGAAGUAGGAGAAGAUGAGUGGUAUAAUGGAAAAGAAUGUGAUGAAGCUAUGAAUUAUGGUACAUUACAGGAAGAAACAUUAUCAGAUCUUAUUGUUCAAAGUUCAGCAGAUGAUCAGCAGGAUUAUACUGGCAGUAUAAGUAACGAAGCAUAUGGAUGCAGUCAAGUAGUAGGAGAGGAUUGUACAGAGCAAUUUGGUUUUAUUGAAUCGCCAGUGAGAACACCAUCUUCAAAUGUCACUACCUCAUUUGACACAGAAGUAACUAAAGAUAUAGGUUUGUUUGGAUCUUCUGAUGACAUGGUGUUAAAUUGGGCCGACCUGCAAGGGAACAAUCGGCGGCUGUAG